AUGCAAUACAUCGUUCCCGCUUUUGCUCUCUUCGCGGCCGCAAACGCCCUUGCGAUCCCGGUUGGUCCAGGCUCGGACGCCGAAUCGAGCGCGAUCUCUCAGCAGUCAGACAAGGAAAAUGAUGCAUCGCAAAAGUUCGGACCUACUAUUGCCAUCGGCGGAAAUGGUCAGACAGCAUGAGCCGCUUGAUGCCAGAGAGGCAGUGUGCUAACAUCUUCCAUCUUAGGCGGUCCUGGAGGUUUUGGAGCCCCAGGAGGUAGGUGGUCCGAAUCGCGGAUAUGAUGCGGGGAGUGAAGGCCUUCUAACCAUCAUUCUAUUAGGAGCUGGAGGCACUGGCAUCACAAGGGCUGGUCCCUUCCGAUCUCAAGACGGUACCCACGGCGGCACGUUUGGCUUUCCGUCGGGCUUUGGAAGCUCGAGUGGCGAAGGAGGUAUGACAUCGAAGAGCUUCCGCCGCCUUUGCGAUCCAAUUUAACUUCUCGUCCUCGAUGCAGGUUCCGGCGGAUCCGCAUUUGGCAAUCAGCGCGGUGUAGGCGGCCAGCCCUUUGACAAUCAACCCUUCGACGACCAGCCCUUCGAGGACCAGCCCUCCGAGGACCAGCCAUUUUACGGACAGCCGUUUGGACAACGUGAGGACCGCGACGGACCAAACCGUAGACAAUAG